UCUUAACUCCGGACUGCUCACGGGACGAGCACGAGGUUGAAAAAGCUCUUCCUCAGCCCUGCCACGAUCCUUCUCGUCUUCAUUUACCUAUCUUUGUGAGUUUCUCUACCGUGAUAUGACUCAACUCUCAACGAAAAUGGCCAUUGAUACGAACAACUCCAAGAUCGUGCUGGUCACGGGAGCCAACCAAGGCCUCGGCCUUGCUGUCAUUGAAGUCGCCGGCUUACGGUAUCCGUCAAACACAUACGUUCUCUGCGCGCGAGACAUCGAGAGGGGCAUAUCGGCAAUCAAUAAGCUCCGUGAGCUCGGGGUCAAAGCCAAUGUCGACCUGGUGGAGCUGGACGUGACCAACGACGACCAAAUCGCGGCCACGGUCAAACAUGUUGAGACCAAGUACGGGCGGCUCGACGUCCUCAUUAACAAUGCAGGUUUCGUCCGUCUAGGUCAUCAGGACACAGAGCUGUCCGCUAUGCGCACCACUUACAACGACUACAUGAAUGUCCAUAUUACAUCUGUGGCUGUUGUUACGUACGCUUUCACCCCGUUGUUGCACCAAUCGGCCACGCCCAAGGUCAUCAAUGUCACAUCAGGGCUAGGCAGCAUCACCAACGUGUUGUCGCCCCGGCGGAUGGGCCGCGUGCCGCCUUACGGUGCCAGCAAGGUGGGUAUGAACGGGCUGACGGCGCACCUGCAGGUGGGUGAGAACGAGCGCGUCGCCGCCGGGGACACGAAGCCUCGUAUUCGCUUCUUCAUCUCAAACCCAGGUUUGCUGAAGACGGCGUUCUCCAAUUAUAUUGCUUGGGGAAAGGAGCCGCAGGCCGGAGCUGAGAGUAUCGUGCAGCUGCUUGGAGAUGAUGAAGGCAAGUUUGAUCACGGCAUGCAGUGGGAGCAUGAGGAGGGCCAGAUGCGGAUUGUGCCGUGGUGAUUCCUGUAUAUCGAGCAAGACGCUUCUCGGUAAAUAGAAGUACAAUUCCCUGAACUGUAAAUAGAAGGCUUUUCAGGAGGUGUUUCU